AUUGUACUCGGGGCCUAGAGUGCGCUGGGAUACUGUUCGCCGACCGUGAUCAUAUCGGUCGUCACCGUUAAAAAGAUUGAGAAUCAUGGCGUGGACAUAAUCGACUUCAGCAGGGGUGGGAUAUCUGCGCCGUCCCGUUGCCUUAAGAAUUCCUCCCCAGACAGACGAAAGGACCUUUUUUGUAAAAAGGUAGAGGGGCUGAGAUCCAAGAUAGAGAAGGGGAAUGCCACACAAGUAGGGGCUGUUCUCGGUGAAUUGAUCUAUCUUUCUCAGUAGGUAAUGUCCGUGUACCGCCAUUAUGCUGGCAAGCGUCGUUCGGUGCACGGCUAGAGGGGGAUGAAAGCGUAUGAGCCAGACUUUAUGCACACCAAAGAGGUCAACGUACGCUCCGGUCCUUUGAUUUCAGAAUCCAUCGAAUGGGUAGAGUGUGGUGAAGGGCUACGCGGAGCGUACUUGGUCGCUCGCAAGUUGCUCGAGAAUAUAAACAGGGCUACCACGCCGGCGCUUCAUACCGCAUGUUCUUUCAUUAAGAUGCAGCACCCACUGCUGAGCCUUCCGAUUAUGGUCAGGAGGCCAUCGAGGUCGUCUUCGCUCGUACGCAAUUGCGCACGGCGUUUCUCAGCUGCUGAGUCUGAGAACUCGAACUUCGGAGACACGAUUCUACGCCCUACAUGAUUUUUCCAGCACUGAUUCAGUCCGAGUAAAGGCUAGCUUUGUCACGUCUUUCCUUUCUGGAAGCCUGGCGUAGAUUGGGCGUAGAAGCACUCCAAGGCU